CUGGGCUAAGUGGACAGACUUCACGUUGAGCUCGCAUGAACCUCAGCAUCAUCCUCUCUCUCCCCCCUCGCUGGACUCAUUUCGGCUGCGUUAAACCGCAGGAACUCCGCGGCGGAACACACGGUGAUCCCGGGCAAGCAUGUGCGGCGCAUGGAAAUGUGCGAGGGAAAUAUCCGAGAUGAAGGCGGCGCGCACUGAGGAGAGGCGAGGCAGAGAAGUCAGGAAGAAGCAACUGUAGUAAAGCUGUCAUGAUCCGUGAACGCCUCGCUGCGGCGCCGCACGUGGCGCUCUUCUUCCUCUUCCUUUGUCGGGGGGGAGGCUGCGGUGUCCCGGAGGCCGCCGACCUUUCAGAAGGAGACGAGGACGUGCGAGCGACGUCAAGCGAAAAGCAACAAGUCUUACCUCACCCGGAGUCCGCAGACGUCUUGCUUGAGAGAACCGAAGAGCCGGGAAGACGCGGCCGCGAUGCUGAGACUGACGGAACACCAAUGCCAAGCGCCAAUCACCCGCCUGACAAAAGGGACCCGCUGAGCCGCCCUGAAACUUCUGCUGCAUCCUUUAUGUCUAAACUUAGAACAGAAGUCACUGAGAUGGGCAGCAAAACGAGCGGUUUGACUAAUGGGGACGAUGGCGGUGUAAUUGAUGGUGACUAUCUAGGACCAAGUUCAGAGGAAGAGGCAGACUCUGUCAACGGAGUCGGAGAGGUUCAGCCUGGAAGGACUCAGGGUGGCUCUGAACGGGUCGAAGACCCUCAGUCGGGCCCCCGUCGCCGCAGGAGCUGGCUCUGGAACCAGUUCUUUGUGAUCGAGGAGUACCGAGGGCCCGAGCCGGUGCUCAUUGGGCGGCUGCACACCGACAUGGACAGAGGGGACGGGCGCACCAAGUACACGCUGGAGGGGGAGGGAGUCGGCUCCGUGUUCGUCAUUGACGGCAACACGGGCAACAUCCACGUCACCAAGGCCCUGGACCGCGAGGAGAAGGACGAGUAUCGGCUCACGGCGACGGCCACCGACAUGGAGACGGGCCGGGCCCUGGAGCCCUCCUCCGAGUUCAUCAUCCGGGUGCAGGACAUCAACGACAACCCGCCCGUCUUCCCCGACGAGCCCUACGUUGCCGUGGUGCCGGAGAUGGCCAACAUAGGCACUUCCAUAACCCGGGUCACGGCCACAGACGCCGACGACCCGACGUACGGAAACAGCGCCCGGCUGGUCUACGGGAUUUUACAGGGCCAGGACCUGUUCUCCGUGGAUCCUCAGACAGGCAUCCUGCGGACCGCCGUGCCUGACAUGGACAGGGAGACGCAGGACGAAUAUCUGGUGGUCCUCCAGGCCAAAGACAUGGGCGGACAUCUGGGUGGGCUGACGGGGACCACGACCGUCACCGUGAAGCUGAGCGACGUCAACGACAACCCGCCCCACUUCAGACGCAGUGCGUGGUCGUUCUCUGUGUCGGAGCUGGCUGCGCCAGGUGUGGAGGUGGGCCGUCUCACUGCCACCGAUCCUGACCUGGGAGAAAACGCACAGCUGGAGUUCACCAUCCUGGACGCGGAGGAGGCGGACAUUUUCAACGUCACCGGCAGAGCCAGAGAGGCCGUCAUCGUGCUGAACAAGCUUCUGGAUUACGAAAUGCGUAAUUCGUAUACUUUUUCCGUGGAAGUGGCGAACCCGGUCGUUGACCCCCGGUUCAUACGGAAAGGGCCCUUCAAGGACCAGGCGACGGUCCGGGUGAUGAUCCUCAACGCCGACGAGCCGCCGCGGUUCUCCCACGCCGUCUACCACCUGGACGUGUCUGAGAACUGCCCCCCCGCCUGCGCCGUCGGCCGCGUCCACGCCGUGGACCCGGACACGGGACAGAGCAACAACAUCAGGUACUCCAUCGACCCGCAGUCGGACCCCGAGGCUUUGUUCCGCAUCGCCUCCGACAAGGGCUUCAUCAGCGCCGUGGCAGAGUUGGACCGUGAGCAGGAGCAGUGGCAUAAUAUCUCAGUCAUCGCCACACAGAGGGACAACCCAAAUCUUGUGUCGAGGGCUGUGGUUGCCAUAGAGACACUGGACCAGAAUGACAAUGCGCCGGAGUUGGACAGGCAGUACGCAACAUCAGUAUGUGACUCCAGCGCCCCGGGUCAGGUCGUCCAGGUCCUGCGAGCGGUCGACAGGGAUCAGGGAGGACAGGACUCUCCGGUCCACUUCAGCAUCCCUCCUGAGUCCAGCUCCGCUCUCAACCUCUCCAUCAAAGAAUCUGGAGGUGUGACAGCCAGCCUGGUGCUGCAGUCAGCCUUGGAGCCGCUCCCUGGCUUCUCCUCGUCGCCGCUCGCCCUCGACGUGCCGGUGGUGCUGCGUGACGGGGCCUCGGGGCUGACCAACACUGGCACCGUCACAGUCACCAUUUGCCCGUGUCUGCAAGGCGGCAUGCAGACGGAGAACCGGGGCAGGCAGCGGGACCCGCGGUGGGAGAGGCACGUGGUCUGCCUGCCCGCGCCGUCCGCCUCGCCGUCGCUCAUCUUCAGCUUGGUCACGCUGCUCGCCAUGCUGGCCUGUGUCACCACUCUGCUGGUGGUGUGUGCUCUCUCGCUGUCAUUGCGCCAUCAGAAGCGAGACUCCCACUCGCCCUUUGAGGAGGAUGAUGUCAGGGAAAACAUCAUAUCCUACGACGACGAGGGGGGAGGGGAAGCGGACACGGCCGCCUUUGACAUCGCAGCGCUGCAGAGCAUGCACAGGAUCCAGCACAUGCACAACAGCGGGAACAUAUGGUACACCCAGCAGAAUCCGCCCAGAGCCAGGACGUACAGCUGGAGCCGUCACCCGCGCCCAGCUCUGGGCCCCCAGCAGCGGCCGGGCUCGGCCCCGCUCUACGGGCGCUUCUGCUACGGCGUCCACACGCUGCCCGUUCUCAGAGACUACCCGCUCGGGCCGCUGGAGGCGGGCCUUCAGCUGGGCCGGGUGACCCCGGGCCUCGCGGUGGGUCACGGCGCCGAUCGUCUCCUCGUCCCCGGCCAGAGCACCUUUGAGCCUCUGCUGCGCUCGCCCGAGAUGAGCCUCGGCGGCUUCGAAGUGGAGCAUAUGCUGGCAAAGAGCGCGGCCGCAGACGGGAACGAGAGUGGCGGGGCGAACGCGGCCGGCGCCAAAGGGAAGGAGGAGCAGGCCAAGCCAAACCCAACAGGCCCAGAGUCGACAGCAGCCAACGUCCCAGCUGACCUGACCUACGAGUCGUCGUGCCAGAGUCACACCAGCUUCUCGUCGAACCAGCAGGACGGCCGACCGGGGUCGUCCCAGACCCAGGUCAGCACCGGCGCCACCAGCACCACGGCGGACGACAUCGACACCGACUCCUCCAUCCCCUCCAUGUCGGAGCAGAACUACUCCACCAGCAGCCAGAUGAGCAGCGUGAACUCCCCCGCCUACGUCAAGGCAGACUCGUACAGCAUAGUGGGCUCGCUGAACCCGGGCGGGAUGGGCGUGUGCAUCAACGGGACUGGCGCCGGCGGCGGGUUGCAGCUGCUCAACAUGGCAACGCUGAAGGCCAGAGAUGCGCCUCCGCAGACUUUAACCGUACCGGCGGGGUCGCUCGGCAACAGCAAAGCCCCGGCGUCCGAAGCCCCGAACCCUCAGCCGCUCCGGAUGGAAGAACUCCUCAACAUCCGUUUGGACCGGGUCACCUCGGACCUGUCGCAGCCGCCCUACGACUCGCUGCAGACUUACGAGUUCGAGGGCCGCGACUCCAGGGCCGAGUCGCUGAGCUCGCUGGAGAGCGACGGCGACAAGGAGGGCGAGCGGGCAGCGGGGGGAGGUAUGGACGAGCUCAACCAGAAGUUCCAGAGGCUGGUGGAAAUCAUCCGCCAGAGGCAGAAGGAGAAGAAGAACACGACGACGCAGAGCGGCGAGGCGGCGGAGACCGCAGAGACUCAGAGACAGGGCGAGAACACAGAGAAACAGCAGCAGAGAUGGGAUUUCUAGAUCCUCUGUACCAGACGAGCGCGAGAGAAGAGGAAUAUCUUUGAUAAUGACAGAGUUUAAACACACACACACACACACACAC